UUUUUAUUCCCCCCUUUCUCUUUGCCGUUCACGUGCCCUAGCAGCCGCCGCCCUCCCUUCAGCUCGCCGCUUCUAGCCACGAGCGGUCGCCCGCCGUCAGUCCGAGCCGUCUCCGCCAGCCGUCGAAGACCGUCGGUUCAAGCUGCGUUCACCAGCCGUCGAAGGCCGUAGACCGAACGAGCCAUCAAGCCCAGUCGCGCGAUCCUGCAUCAACCACAACGUCCGCCACCGUCUCCAGUGCUUCACCGUCGCCGCCGACCCAGCCCACUCCCGCCGCGCCGCUGCAGAAGCUCAGCCCCGUACUCUGGAUCCUCGCGUCCGCCGCCCCUCCGCCACUGCAGUCGCGCCACUUCUGCCGUCGCCGCCCCUCGUUCAGUUUGACAUUCGGCCACCACUGCUUUGGUCUUCGUCGGAAUCUUGGAUUAAGGUGCAAAAUUUCAGGUUGUUGAAGUUGUCGUCCAGCCGAUUAAAGGUGUAGUCGACGAAUUUUGGUGAAGGGCUGUAGCUUCUUGGUGAGCUUUUAGCAGAGGAAAGGGCUACUACACCAAUUUAAUAUUAUACAUUUAAACAGAUUGUAUCUGUGUCAAGGAAGGAUUUUGUUGUAUCCUCAUCUUUUCAGAUGGAGGAUGCUGCCAUAAAAGAUGCCAUAUCUAAGGACCAUAGGAGUAAAGAUCACACUGAGAGUAUGAGAGCAAGGCCUCUGCAUUUUGGUGAGCCAAUUGCUGCAAGGCUUGGUGUGGAUUAUCCAUUCCCUCCUCAUCUUGGGUAUGCUUAUCCUCCUCCAGAUGGUAAUAUCCUGACCAACAUUGUUAAUGCCCUCAUAGCUGUCCCUCGCUUUUAUACUCAGGUGCUGCAUUUAAUGAACAAGAUGAACAUUCCAGCUCCAUUCCGAUUGCCUCUACCCACUCCACCUCUCCCACCUUCCAUUCCUGCACAACCAUCGCUGCCACCUCUUCCUCCUCCUGCCACUCCAAGGCCUCAAGUAACAAAUAUGUCCAGCGAUGAGUCAGAAAUGGAGUCCUCAGAAGAGGAUGUGGAUGGAAAAUAUAAUUCAAGUGGAGUUUCAAAAACUGCAAAAUCAGGAGACAAGCGUUCUAGAUGUGAAACAAUUGUAGGCCCUGGGAUAGACAAAAAUGUGGCUCAUGAGGCUGUUGGGGUGAAGCCUUCCACAUUGGUUCCAAAAGAGAUUCCUAUGAUCAAAAAGAAAAACCCAGUCAUUCAGAUUAGGAUUGCCCCUAAAGUGAUUCACGAUGGAAAAGUUGAUAACAUUAACAAUGAUUGUGAAGAGACAGAAAAGGAAGCAAAUGAUCUAAAGCCCUAUGCAACGCUUGAAGAUUUAGAGAGAGGCAAAUUGCCUCCAGAAGAAAUUCUUUCACUUCCAAUGUUCAAGAACUAUACUGCUGGGAAUCCUACUUCGGUGCUGUAUAUCAAGAACUUAGCCAAAGAUGUAUUGAAUGAUGACCUCUACUAUAUUUUUGGAUCAUUAUUUGAAGGUAUUGAUGAAGCCAAAUCUGCUCUAACUGUGAAGCUAAUGCAGGAGGGAAGAAUGAGGGGCCAAGCAUUUGUAACAUUUCCCUCGGUUGAGCUUGCACAACAUGCCUUGAAUUUAGUAAAUGGCUAUGUGUUCAAAGGCAAGCCAAUGAUUAUCCAGUUUGGGCGCAAUCCAGGAGCUGCCAAGGGGAAUUAAACGUUGGCUACUAGUACACUAUUGGACCCCCAAAAGAUAAGCUUAUGCGAGCCCUCGGGAAAAAUUUAUAGUACUAGAGUAGUACUUACCCUUUCCUUUCAGAAUUUAACACAUCAUAAAAUAUGGCAAGCAAUGAAAGGAAAGAGUAUAGAAAAAGUUUCAGACCAGCUACAGUACUAGGAAAAUUUUUCGUCCUCAACCGACAUGAACCAACGACUAUUGUGUUAUUGAAUAUCAGAAAUAUGACAGACAAGGAAGGAGUACGAGGAAAUUUUUCGCCCUUGACCAACAUUGUUGUAUCAAUGAUGUGAGCCAAGUUGGUGUUUAAUGUUAUAAAUGCACGUACAUUAUCUUGUAGGUCAAUUAUUGAAGCAUGUUCGGAAGGUCAUUUCAAUGAAAUGAGGCUGUAUCAUUUGGCUUUCAAAAAUGGUGGUGGUUGUACAAAUUUUCUUAGGACUUGAGUCAAGGAUUUAGGUUGUAUAUAUUUGUCCAGCUUAAUGGAUGUUAGCUGGGUGAUUGUACUAAACUGUUUUGGGUCGAGUUAUAUUUGUUUACAUAAUUUAUUUUAGGAGUUAUUUAAAGUGUA